CACGCUCUCUCUCUCUCUCUCUCUCUCUCUCUCUCUCUCGUGUCCUCUCUUCUGGUCUGUCUCAUCCUCUUCUCGCUGUUGAUCCGUCUCUAAAAUGAUCGCAGACGCACAUCAGAUGUUGAGGAUUCAUGUACCUGUAGGCUGGAGCUGAACUCGACGAUGUCAUUUCGAUGUAAAUAGGUUACCUUGGUGGACUGAGACGACACAGAAAUCUAGCUUACCUGACCUUCCCGAAGCUUUUGUUAUUGUUCUUAUAAGCAAAUCGUCAUGGAUCUGUCAUUUAUGGCCGCGCAGAUCCCCGUGAUGACAGGAGCCUUCAUGGACUCAUCGCCUCAUGAUGACUACAGCACAGAUCAUUCUCUCUUCAACUCCUCUGCAAGCGUCCACGCUGCCGCUCUGGCAGCUCACAACCAACAGGAGGAGCAGCAGCCCAUGUCCCGGGAUGCCAUCUGGCUGUGGAUCGCCAUCACCGCCACCAUUGGGAACAUCAUAGUGGUGGGCGUCGUCUACGCCUUUACGUUCUGACCUCUGGAAUGAAACCAGCUGAACUUUGGAGACAUAUUCAACUUUGAGUCCCCCAAAUGUAGGGCACCGGGGUUCCUCAUCAGACAAACAGUGUGUGCAAUCUUUCAAGAAAAAAAGUACACUGUAUUAGUUGUUUAUUUGUUCGUUUUUUACGCAGAAUUGUUUUGAGAAGCUCCAGAAAUUAUUUUUGAUUCAUUGUAAUUUUCAUGUUGAAAACUUUGUAACUAGAUUGUUUAAUGCUAAACAAGUGUAACAUGGGGAAAAAACACAUUUCAUUUUUUUAUUUGAUUUUUUCUGAGUGUCUAAUACUGCCGGACUUUCGCCAAACAAUUUGUACAUUUUUGCUUUUAGUAUGUAAUUACAAAUGCUGUUAUUAAGCUUUAAAUGUCUAGAGGGGAAACACUACUCUGAAAGUCAUCCAACUACAUUUUUAAAGCAGUGAUUAGAAAGUUGAAAUGAAUCCCAAAGCUAAUUUGAAAAGGUAACAAUAAAAUAAUGUAAAUAGAGCAA